ACUAAAACUCAUAAAAAGUUGUACCCCGUCCACACUGCUAUAAAAAAUACUCUACUCACUGUAGCACUAACAAAAUUUUCUAAAUAAAGACUUUAUGUGAGUCUUGGGUCUUCGACAAUAAUCCGUCAAUGGAAGACGAAGGAGAAAAAAGAAAGUCAGAGGAUAACAACGACGUUUUUUCGGAAGCAGCAAAGAAGAAGCAAAAAGAAGAGAUGAAAACGGAGGAGGUAGCGGAAGAGGAAGUGGAAGAAUUCUUCGCUAUAUUACGGAGAAUACAGGUUGCCGUUAAGUAUUUCAGUAAAGACGUUGACGGAGCUAGUGGUAGUGGUGGACGGAAAAUGACGGUGGAUAUUGACCGGAAAUGCUCCGACGAAAUUGUUGGCGAUAACGAAGAGAAGAAAGAGAAAGAUGAUGAUCAAGAGAACAAGGGGUUUGAUGAGAAAGAUGAUGAUCAAGAGAAUAAGGGGUUUGAUCUUAAUAUGGACCCUUGUGAUCCUCAUGAUCAGAAUAGUUCCGGUGAAGACAGUAGUACAUGCAAGAUGCUUCUCAAGGCGUCUAUCGGUUUAAACUGUUGUAAUUAAUGAAUAUCAAGCAGUAAGUGUUUAGACGAACUGGUCUACAAUAGUUUGCUUUGGGGAUUUUGUUUUUACCUUGCCAUAUUCUGGGAUGUCUUGUAACAUGGUUUUCUAAUUUGUAUGCUGCGGCGUUGUUCAUGAAUGAUCAAAUGAUGUUGUUAUU